AUGAGACGAGCAGUAUCAAAAAUACUACCUACUCCGAAAUUAUUUAAUGAACUUCCGACAACAAUAAAUCAAAAAAAUUCAAAUAAUAUUGUAUCAAAUUUUAAAUUAGAUUUCAAUGCAGUUGAUGAAUUUUAUAUUCAAUUAGAUAAUCCUCAUAAAAUUUGGUUACCAGGUGAUGAAGUAUCUGGACAAAUUGUUUUAAUUUCUAAAAAGAAUUUAGCAAAUAUAAUUAUAACUUUAUCAUUAAUUGGAUUUAUUAAAAUAAAUGCAUCAUCACAUUCAAAAUUAAGACCUUUGAAACAUACAUUAUUUGAUCAUACUAUAAGGAUAUAUGGGGAUGAUAAUAAUGAUAAUUCAACAUCAACAACAACUAAUACAAAUGAUGAUACAGAAUUUAAUAAUGGAUUAUUUAAAGGUGAACAUGUAUUCCCAUUUAUAGUGAAAUUACCAAAUAAAAGAGUAUUUACAUCUAUUGAUUUUGGUAAAGGAUCAAUCAAUUAUAUAUUGAAGGCAUCAGUUGGUAAUUCAUCUUCAUAUAUUACAGUCCCAUCAACUGAUAAAAAAUCAUUACAUAACCCUUCAUAUACAAGUGAAAAAUUAAUUAAUUUAAUAAAUCCAAUGGAUGUAUCUUCAUUACCAAAACCAAAACCCAAGAGAUUAAUACUACGAGAUCCAAGAAAUAAUCAUCAAAAUAAUAGAAAAUUAAUACGAACUCAAUCUUCAACAUCAACUAUAAAUACAAUUAAUACAUUUGGAACUUUUUCAUCAAAUAAUUCAGAUAAUUCAAUGGAUGAUAGAAUAUCACAAAUAAAUUCAGAAGAAAAUAAUAGUAAUAAUAAUACUAAUACUAAUAAUAAUAGUAACAAUUUUAAUAACAGUAUCACAAUUACAAAUAAUAAACCACCUCCAACUAUUAAAGUAAUACUAAAUGUUCCACAGAGAGGUUAUCUAAGAGGUGAAUCAAUUCCAGUAAAAUUAUCAAUAAAUCAUUUGAAAAAAAUUCAAGAUCUUAAUGGUAUAAUAAUAACUUUUGUAAGAGUUUGUCGACUAGAUAAUGGACCUGAUGGAGUAGUUGAAAGUUUUAGAAAAGAUUUACAACAAGUUGUAUUACCAUUAUAUGUUGAUCCAGUAACCUUCCAAUCAGAAAUACAAUCAUCUUUAAGAGUUCCAGCAGAUUCAUUCCCAACAAUAACUGGAUGUCCAUUAGUAUCAUUUCAAUAUUUUAUCGAAGUACUUAUAAAUUUAUCAGGUAAAUCAGUAAUAGUGGAUCCAGAAUUAAUACCUGAACGUCAUUCACCAGAUAUUCAACAACAAGAUCAACAACAUCAAAUUACUUCAAUAGAAAAUUUUCAAUUUAAUUUCAAUUCUUCAAUUCAACAUCAAAAAGAUAGGUCAAAUUUUAUAAAUACUGAUCGAUUUAAAAGAUCUAAAAAAUUCUUACAAUUAACUAGUGAAAUAUUCAUUGGAACUCAUAGAUCAAAAUUAGAAAUUGAAGAUGAUAAAUUAUCAAGAAGAUCUUCUAGUUCAUUAUCAAAUUCAAAUUUAUCACCAGCUGUUUUCACAAAUUCUCCAAUUAAUCAUAAUUCUCCAAUCAAUCAUACUUCAACAUCACCAAGUAAUAUAUCGACUCAUUCUCCAAAUAGAAUAAUUCCAACAAUUCCAGAAUCUACUCAACUUGAAAUACCACCUUAUCAAGAUGUUCCUGUAUAUCAUAAUCACAAUAAUCUAGAACAAAACCCGUUAUCUGAAAAGGAACAAAUGGUUCAAUAUCAUAAUAGUUUAUUACCGUCGGCACCUCCAGAAGAUGAUGAAGAAGUGAAUGGAGAAAAUAAUCACCAAUUACAACCAGAAAUGGGCUCAUCAACAAAUCAACAACAACAACAACAACAACAACAACCACAACAUCAAGUACCUACAUCUCAACAAUUUAAUUUUUUCACUUACGAUAGUAAUAAUAACCAUAACAAUCACAAUAAUAAUUCCUUUUUCCAAACAAAUAGUAAUGGUAAUACUGAUAUCAACCUACAUCAUAAUCAACAUCAAAACAAUUCUUCAAAUUUAGUAAAUGAAAUAUUCAAUGAUGAAAUAAUAGAUAAUGUUCCCAAUUAUUUAACAGUUGAAAAUGAUCAAUUAUUAAGUAGUCAUAAUCAUAAUCAUUCAUCAAAUUCACAAACACAACAAUCUCAAACACCACAAUCACAAAUGAAUUACUAUCAGGAAUAUCAUAAUCAUCAUCAUCCUUUACAAAAUGUUACCAAUGUUAUUGAUGAAGAUCAACAAGAUUGA